GAGACGCUGUGAGUAAAAAGUUUAUUUAAAUAUUGGUGCGCCUACAGAGCACAACGGUACCACCAUAUCAAUCCCACCACCCCCACGUCCUACCCAAAACAAACACAGCUCCAAGACCCGUCAACCAAGAGACACUAAGUACGGCCGUCGAUUCAGCUUUGCGUGCAUCCACAUUUCCGUGUUCAUUUGUGACCGCAGUCUCGUAGUAGCCAGUAGAGGUCCGACUGUACGGUGCAGGUUUUUCCGCCAACUGCAGUGGCUCCAGAAGAAUACCAGGAUUCCCAGAGAUGAAUAGCAAAACUGCAGCUGCGAUAUAUGGAUGCCCGAUUGCUGGAAGCGUUUAAGCCGUUCAAGAAAUGUUGUCAACAAGAGGCGAAUGACCUACACCAGGUGUUGACUCCUGUCAGAGUAUGCGAAACACAAGAGAGGGCAAUACUCAAACUAGAAUCCGAAGUACUCAAAAAAUUUCUAGCAGUGCCCCGUAAUUCGUUAGUGUCCGAGAGAACAACGCCAGAUUUUUUGGAAGAGCCCCAGAUUAUAGCGCCCCAUAAUUUAGAAGGGCCCCAGAGAAUGAUCCUCCACAAGCUGAAAGCGCCCGAGGGAAUGACACCCAACAAUUUGGAGGCGCCCGAGAGAAUAUUGUCCCGCAAUUUGGAAGCGCCCGAGAGAAUAGUCCCCCAUACUCUGAUCCAGUGGAAGCCGAAUAGGUCUAGGUUUCCGUUAGAUCAUCUGCGAAGAAAUCAGAUCCCUGUUGACGUACAUGAUUUCAUCUUUAUGAGCCGCCGCACCAUCUCCUGGUAUUGCUGAAACAUUGGCAUAUCAGAGCUCCAGUAGCGAUACAUGGAAACCUGAUGA